ACUCGAUCGCUGGUGGCGUUCAAGGAAGUACCGUCGGGUCUGCGAGCGAAAAUCAAGUUGAUGCAACAGAAAGACCAAACAACGUCUCAAGCUCAAGAGGUCCGACCCAAAAUAUUCCGACGUCAUCGGAACACGAUGAACGUCAAAAUCAGACAAGAGGAUCUUCAGGAAAUAAUGACCAACUACAAUUGCCACAAGGAUACAGACUAGAUGACAUCAUCGACAAAGAUAGCAAAUUAUACAAAAGGUAUCUUCUUCACAUCGCGAAAAAUCUGACCACUGGCGAUGAUUGGAAAAACCUUGGAGGAUACCUUCGAAUUUCUAAUAAUGCUUUAGAUAGUAUAUCAGUUGACUAUGGUGGACAAGUAAAAGAACGAGCAUAUCAGAUGCUUAUCAAAUGGACAGAGAGCAGUCACGAACCCACACUAAAAUCCCUCUUAGACGGUUUAGAGAUGGCUGGACAACGUCAACUUGUCCACGAAAUUUCAGAGGUUCUGCGUGAAAAUAGCAAUCAACCGCAAGGGGGACAACAGGUUACAGAAAGCCAUUUCCUAGGAAUUGCCUCUGAUAUCCUAGACGACUGGAGGUUUAUCGGUAGAUACCUCGGUCUUAAAGAGAGCGUCAUACGUGAGAUAGAAGAAAAAAAUAUAGCGCACAUGAAAGCUUAUGAAAUGCUCAUUGUGUGGAAAAAAAGGAAUGGAAGAGAGGCAACAUUAGAAGUUCUCCAAGCAGCACUCCAUGAUGUUGGAAAAGAAGACCUCGUAAAAAAACUCCGCCAAGAGUUGUUAAAUGAAUAAGCCAAGCUGCCCUGAAUAAAUAUCAAAAACGAAUUGAUUAGAAAGACAACUGAAAUAUUUCAUAUAUUCUAAAUGUUGAAAAUUAGUCCCAAACGCCGGAUAAAUGCCGGCAAAAGACAUAGCGACCUUUUUGUUUCCGCCAUAACGAAAGACACCAAGAUAAGCAGUGUAUUUAUAACAUCAGUGCAUCCACUAAUAUGUAUAUUUAGGCACUGCCUAAAAGCGGAGCUCCCAAUACAGAAGUAACAGGGAGAACAAUUUGAAUGAAACUGAAAGGUAAAAAUAAGAUCGGGGGAAAAAUCUUCA